AUGGCACCGCGUGGAAAGCAGAACCUGAAGCGACAAGAGCAGGAACUGAUGGCGAAUGCACAGCAUGUCGAAGCGAAAAGAAGAUACGAGCAGCUGGUGAAAGAGGAAAGACAAUCACUCGACACACGCUUAGCAGAGAGAGAGAGGAAGAUACAGGAGGUAAUUAUUAGUCUAGUUGUUUCACAGUUAGCUACUUAGAAGUACAUGAACAUGACGUGGGAUGCUGAGUGUUUCAGAUCUUCAUGUAUCUCAUCAAAUACUACGAUGAAGAUGAAGAAUCCUCGACACGUAAACGUAAAAAAUAAUCAACAUAGGACAUGGAAGCAGCGCUGCAGCGCGAGAGAGCGGCGUUAGAAGCAGAGAAGGAGAAAGCACUCCGUGACCAUGAAGAAGAAUUUCAGCGUCGAGAAAAAGAGUUUCUCUCCCAGAUUGAGAGUGAAAAUUAUGAAGAACUUCAUUAGGAUCGUUAGUUUUCAUCUAGUCUUUUUAGUGUAAAUGAACGUGAACAUCAGUUUUGAUCAAAGAAGUGACUGACAGAGACAGAGUCAGAGAUGUACUACCACAAGCAAUACUCGUCUAAGUGACCUUUAUACACAUCAACUACAUGCAUUUAGCAGAUAUCACCCUUCCAUGUAGACCUACUUCCUUGAAGAAGUCCUCAGGGUCCUGACAAGCCGGAUCCCCAACAUCCAAUCUCUCUUCUAAAAAAAGAAGCAACUAGAAAGUCGGGCGAAAGAGGUGCUUACCCUGACUGAGAAGGAGAAAGCUGACAUGCAGAAGCGUGCUCUGAUAUGCAAGAAGCUGGAGGAAACGAAGUUGAAAAGACACGAGAAGGUACUUCAGUUUUCUAGUUUUUUUCUUUUUUGUGAUAGUUGAUGUAGGUACAAUUAUGACUUUGACUUCCUUCUAGAGUAGAGGAUGUAUAAUUGGUGCAAGAACUACUAUUUUCAACAACAAAGAUAUAGAUAUGGAUGGUUGUCAUAAUUCACAGACAUGGAGUGGUCGUCUUUUGUCUAUGAUUCGUCCUAUGAUCUCUUCAUCUCAGUACCUCCAAACUCACUCCUCAACAUGCAACACAGGAAUUAGCCGAAGUCCGCAAAGCGGAGGAACAGAAGAUAAAGGAAGCUAUGAAAGACCAACGAGACCAACUAAAGCGGGAAACGCAUGUGAAACUCCAAUUGGAGCGCAAGCGGUUCGAGAACAAACUCGAAGUCAAAGAAAAACAUCUGUUGGCGAGAAAGGUACUAUCAUGAAACUUCGAUAUGUUCCUCUUCCUUCGUGUAAAUGUGAGGUUGACAUGAGCUAUGAAUAAAGUGAAAGUUAGAUUUUCUAUCGACGACAGCAGCCUUAAUCUCAACCAACCAACCAACCAGCCAACCCUUAUCCUCUCUCAACCCUCAUCCCCUCCUAAAAAAACAGGAAGCUGAAUUAGAGCAGGUUCGUCGCGAUCAGGAAGAGGAGGUUUCCUAUAUGCGCAAGAAGACCGAGCAACGCAAAGCUCAGAUGAAGCAGCAGAUCCACAACCAACUGCAAGAAGAGUUCGAGUUUGAGCGCGAGAAGAUGGCCCGCGAAUAUGAGCGUGAAAUGUGCGAUCCCAGCUGGGUCUUAGUGGACUCCGUGGCUGGAGUGUUGGUGGAGUAGAGUAGAACUCUAGAACUCUACAUCUGGUAGCUGUACUCUACUACUACAUCGAGGUGUCAGAACUCGAAUACUACCUCUAGAGGGUAGUUGUAGUUUCUAUCUUCAUUCACAUGGCGUAGAUCAUGAUGUUGUAUCAUCUUCGACUACACCAGUAGAAAGGUGUAGUUGAUGAAGUAGGACUUCUGGUCUUUUCCUCUUCUAGCGGAACUUGAGAUGCAUAUCAGCAGGACUUGCAGUGGAGAAGCAAGAGAAAGAAGCAAGUAGUUAGAUUUUUUCUACUAGCAGAACUUAUACUCACAUUAUCUAUUCAUUGGUAGUGAGACUAAUAAUGGAUGCUCAAAAAUAGAGGUAGCGGAGAUGAAAGGAGAGAUUGAGUGAGUAAAUAGUGUACAAAUAACUUUUUCCCCACUAUAAGCUAGACAGCACAUCGGGGGCGGUUGUGCUGUCCUCUUUCCCCACUGAAGUGUGCCUGGAUCCCAGGAACUGCGUUGGUUGUCGUCAGACUAAAACUGAUAGUAGUCAAAGUCAGUGUUAGUCAUCAGGUUUGCGAUCCACCAGAUUUUUUACCUUUCCAGUUAUUUACACUCCAAGUUCAACAACUACUUAUUUGCAGCUAACUAACAAGUACCGAACGAAGUAGAUGAAGAUAUGAUUACAAUUCAUUGUUCGGAGCAGAGAAUAUUUUUGAGGUUUUGAUGUUUUCAUUCAGGUUCUUGAUUUCGUUUGUUUUGUGUUUACCGUUGAUUAUCAAUCCAUUAAAUCUAAAAAAAGCCAAGAAGAUUUUUAUCUAAGAUUACAAUUUAUCGUUGUUCUUGUUAUCAAAGCAUGUUGUUAUCAAUCAGUUAUCAAUCAAUCAAGUUCAAAAUUUAUACGUUGAGGCUACUAGCACUAGAGAUUACGAAUCAUGUUGUACGUUCUUGUACGUUGUCCAUUAUGCACAGUAAGAAGCUCGCCGUUUAGAUUUAGAUCAUUACUGUUUCGAGCAUCAAACAAUUUAUGCGGGAAAAUAUAAUCCAAAAUUUCGUCCACUAGCACAUCAUAUGUUGAUAAAAUAUUACCAACAAAACAGUUAACAUCAAUAGAAAAAAGAUGAUAUGCACAUAUUACAUAUCAAAUAGUUAGAUAGAACUGAAAUUGACUCCAUGGAAAACCUCUAUUUACAGGGUUUUCCCUUUCUAGAAUGUAUUCAAGUGCAAGAGGCUACUGGAUACUCUAGUUGUACAGCGGCUGUGGUUUUGCGACCACAGACUGGCAUAAGAAUCUAUGCACCCACUAAUCAAUUGUAAAAUAUGGUGCAGAUAAAAGCAUGUUGUAGUCGUGACACGACGUGAGUGGCUGACUAAUAUCAAAAGAGGCGGUUUAAGUUAGAGGCAGUUGAAGAAAGUUCUGAGUCAUGAGUUGUAUCUACUUUCUUAAGUCUGCUGGUUUACCUAGUGGACCCACACCUAACCUAACCUCUUAAUAAGAAUAUACUGUUGUUAGUCUUAGUAGAAGUAGAGGCUGUAGGUGUAGCUGAGCGGAUAACAGAGGUUUUAGAUAGACUCCUGGGUGUUUGUUGCGAAAGGACGUUUUCAAGAUAGACGUAGAGCAGACUAUUGCUAAGAAAUAUUCCUGGAAAUGAUUGCACUAGCAGAAAUAGCUCUAGCAGAAACAGACACUGAACCAGAACUAGUUGUACAACAGCAAUAAAAUCAGUCACUACUACAGUCUCUGACGUUAUAAACAGCCAAGAUGAAGAGAGACUGAAUCUAAAAAGUAGGAGUUAGAAAAAUGUCGCAACAAAUGCGAAGUUUGAACUAAUCAGCUAGUCCACCUCUCAUGCACUAGAGCACGUAACCGGUUUUCUCUUCCAUGAUCCGACUGUACAUCUACUUACUUACUACGAAAACGCCUAAAAACAGAAAAUCAAUAGAUAUUUUGCACAAACAUGUGAAGCGUGGAGGCCAAGGUAAAUGCAUUGUACUUACAAAGUCAAUAGUAGUACUUAAGUACUUAAUCGAGGACCGUUGCUCAGAUGAGAACUACAGGCACCAGAGGCACGUCCGCAGCGUCGACACCUACUAGCAAGGGGAUCGCAUUAGUUAUUGAAGAACUUCUACCACAGUGCCUCGUAGUCACUCAGUAAGGUUAUAAGACCAAGAGCCUCUAGGCUAUAAGUGGCAUCGAAAAACGAUGGACAGGAGGGCGCAUGGCGCCUCUUACUUAUACCUCUUAAUGUUAUCUUGAGCCACGACCGCCCUCACGAUAGUCACUUCUUCUAGGUAGUUGUCUUACCGGAAGCGCACUAGUGUCGUGCUUACCACGCAACAGGAGGAAUAUUUCGGGGUUGUAUGAACGCCAAUUAUACCUGUUAAAGAAAACGAAAUGACUUAGGUAUGAUUUCAUCGUGUACUGAAAACUCAAAAAGUAUAGGUCGUUGGGAGGGAUCAUAUUAUAGCCGCACAUAUGAUUUUCAUAUUGGGAAUACGAUUAGUGAAAGUCUCUGGUAGCGGAGUCUGAUAAUGGCGCUCGAUGCAAAUCGUUUCACGAUAUCGAGCCUAGGGGUCGGAGUCUCUACUGAGCAUUGUGAAGAAGAGGAAGUCUCUCUCGAUAGCCUUUGCAGAUGACCAGCUGCUAUUUUACGCGGGUCGUGAGCAGCAGCGCGUAGGAUGUACUACCUAUGAUCAAUGACAUACGGUGUUGCCCUUGAUGUGUCGAUUUCCAAGUAGCAGUAAGAUACCUACGUAGAAUGAAGUAUUGUUCUCAUCUGGGCAACUUCUUCUGGGGACAAAUCCGACCGUUCCUAUGUCCUGUGACUUUCCAGAAGUAUCUUUAGAACUACAACAAUUAAUGACAAUUAAAUAUCAACAUAGCGCACAAUAUCUUCUGAAUCCAGAAUCAAUUUAGUCAGGAAUCAAUAGUCAAAAAUAUCAAGCGAACGCGGCAUGCUAGUAUUGUCGGGACGUUGUUGUAUUCUUCCUUUUUAGUAAGAACUGAGGGUAGUUCGGCAGUGGAGGGACGCCUGCGACCCUUAAGUUUUCUCCAGUAGUAUAUUGGGAUAGCUACUAGAGAAGAAGACCACGACGCUAUGAAGAAGAUUGAGGCGGACUCUAGUCAAAAAUGCAGAGCUCAUGGAUGUAGUUGUAAUCGCGGGAGUUAUGAAUGUAAGGAAGUACUCCGUGACAAGCAGUGCUGGAUAAUUAGAAAAUGAGGACCGAAAAAAUCGAUGCAGCAGCACACCCUUCAUCAAUGACUUUUUGGUAGAACGUACGUACCUUUUCAUUACGAAUCUACCAGAACUGGUGGUUCUAAACUUUUCUACCUCGAAUAGAAGACGUAGUAGUUGAUGAAUGAUUAUGAUCGUAUCCUCUCCCUCGGAUGUUGAGCCUCCCCGGUUCUACUGGUGUUAUUAUCUCCCUCCCCAAGAGUUUGAGUAAGAGUUCUGCAGAUUUGUCGAGAAAGAGGAAUGCGAACAACUUGUUCUCACACUAUUUUUCUUGUGGGAACACCUUGUUGUUUGCAGCUCUAUGAAACCGAUCGAUUGGUCCCGACGAUGAAAUACCAUCACAAAGGGGUUGUUUUUUUCGCGUUCGUUUUCUUGACAUGAUAGAAGUUGUCGUAGAAGAAGUAGUGUGAAUUCUAUUUCGUCAUAUUAAAAGGGAAUGAUAUAAAGGCGGGGUCGCCAGGAGGACUGGAAGACGUCAC